AUGCGUCUUCCCGUACUGUCUCUCUUGUUUUGCGGUGGCCUUGCGUUCGCCCAACACAAUCGGUACCCAGUGACCACACCGGUGCCCAUUUUGAAGCAAAUAAACAAGCACAAUGAAGACGGCAGCUAUAGUUACGGUUACGAAGCAGCGGACGGUUCCUACAAGAUCGAAUCGAAAUAUCCGACUGGCGAGGUCUAUGGGAAAUACGGCUUCGUCGACGAUACGGGGAGUGUCCGUGAGGUCGAAUACGGGGCAUCCAGACGCGGCUUCGAACCAGCUGGAGCUGGAAUAAACGUGCCCCCGCCAACUUUGACCGGAAACAGUAUCGCUAACCCCAAUGAACCCGACGACGACGGACAAUACAGAGAGGAUCCAUCCGUUUAUUACACUGAUCCUCGAUUCACUAACGGAGAACGUUACGACCCGGUUCCUCGUCAGCCUUUGGCGCACAAUCAACAACGACCAGUUCCAGCGCCGAUUUACAAUCCCCCCAGGUAUCCCCCUCAAGUGCAGUAUCAGUCGAAGCCGCAAUACCAACCGGAAUAUCGACCGCAAUACCGAUCGCAAUAUCAACAACCACAAUACGCGAGCCAGCAACAGCGAUCUGCAUAUCCAGCCGCUCCGAUACAAAGCGGUCUUCAAGGUCGUCCAGCAUCCAAUGUUGAUCCCAAUGCCGGGUUAGCCUCUUACACGGUUAAUUACAGGCGAUAA